AUGGAUUCCAUGUCGGUGCCAGACCGGCCCAACUCGUCGAUAUCCCCCGUUCUCGAGGAGGAGGAGGAGGAGGACACGCCCGAGCUGCCGCUCACCAUGUCGGCAUCCAUCCUGCUGGCAGAUCUGUCCCGCGACGCUUCCGCCGCCAUCGCCAGCGUCGGCGGCUUCCCGCAGGAAAAGGUUGUGGUACGCUUCAAGCCUGUCGGCUCGGCACCACCCCUGCAGCAGGACUUGUGCAAGAUUACAGCUGCGCGCAAGUUUGAAGAGGUCGUGCGGUACUUGAGGCGGAAGCUGCGGUGCAAAGACACGGAUAGCGUGUUUCUGUACGUGAACUCUGUCUUUGCACCAUCACUGGAUGAGGUGGUGGGCAAUUUGCACCAGGUAGGCAACGAACCACUUGCUGCUGCUGGUGCCCUCGCUCGAUUACCCGGCCCCUCAUGUUUCGGGUCAUGA